AUGGCGGGAGUAGACACACAAGGACAGCGCCACGACAGAAUACUCAAUUCCGCUGGCGACAGCGUACCGGGCGAGUCGGAGGGAAGCAGUUUGCACCUCACUACACCGCCGGCCGCCAAGUCCACACCAUCUGAUGGCGACACCUCCGUUGGUCAAAAGAUGCUGUCCGCCGUCAGCGGCAGUAUAUUGACCUCUCUACUCAGUAAGAACAUCGCUCUCCGCUUAUUGAUGGUGAAGAGUACUGACAGCGUACUACAGUAACACCCCUCGACGUGGUCCGCGUACGCCUACAAUCCCAACAACCAAGUCCGUCCCCUCCUGCCCGCUUGCCUUCCUUCGUCCAAUUGCCUCCCAAUCUCGGCGUGACAGCCUGCUGUCGCGAAGUCUUCUGGGUUCAAAAUCAAUCCCAAUUCUGCGUUGCUGCACCUUCCCAGGCGGCUGUCAUUGAUGAGGCCAUCAUCUCUGACUGUGCGGCAGAAGAAACACAGCGCCGGACUUUCAAUUCCACACUCGACGGAUUCCGCAAGAUCUCCCGUAAUGAAGGCAUAUGGACACUAUGGCGCGGGCUAAGCCCGACGCUACUGAUGGCGAUUCCGGCGAAUGUCAUCUACUUUGCUGGAUACGACUGGUUGAGAACGAGUCCAAGGAGUCCGGUAAUUAAUAUUGGAGAUGUGUAUGCGCCAUUGGUAGCAGGGAGCGCUGCAAGAAUACUCGCAGCACUGGCAGUCAGCCCCAUCGAAAUGCUCCGCACACGGAUGCAAGCCGCCAGUUCGAAAGAGAAAGGCGUCCUACGAGCCACAAUCUCUGGAAUGCAAGAAAUGGUCUCCUCUCAAGGCUACCACUCCCUCUGGCGCGGUCUUUCCCUGACCCUCUGGCGCGACGUGCCCUUUUCCGCGAUGUACUGGUGGGGCUACGAAUUCGGCCGCCGACGACUUGAAGAACUACGAGCUCACAACUCUCCCUUCAAUCAACAACCACUCGAGAUGUCAACUUCGACUCUCUUGGCCGAUUCUUUCAUUGCGGGCGCCAGCUCCGGCGCCAUUGCAGCUUACGUCACUACACCCUUCGACGUUGGCAAAACACGUCAGCAAACUGUAAUGCAGUCCAACAUGUCCGCGGAACGUCGCCGGGCUCUCCCAGAAGGACGUACCAUGCCGAGGUUCCUGUGGCACAUCUAUCGACACGAGGGAGCUUCGGGCUUAUUCAAGGGCUGGGCAGCGAGAUGUUUGAAAGUCGCUCCAGCUUGUGCGAUUAUGAUUUCUAGUUAUGAGAUUGGCAAGCGUAUGGCCGUCAAGGCGAAAGUGCAGGAGAGAGGAGUGGCAGAGGAACCAUAUCUGGCACAGGAUUGA